AUGGAUGUUGCCUCGGGGGAAGAUGUUGCGAAGAUAAAACAGUCUCUAAUUGCAAGCAACCCUGUGAAAAUCCUCACCCAAGAUGAUGUAGCGAAGCAUGCAAUAAUUCCCAGAUUCAUCGAUGAUUUUGAGGUGCUCGUCGCCGCACUGAAGGCCACAAGCAGGGAUACUAAGUCCAACACUGCCAGUGCCACGGAUAAGUACCGUACAUUGGUAGUAGACUGUCUGUCAAUCUGGUUUUCCAGAACUGCACAAUUGCUACAGGCAAAGUUAUUCACGACUCACAGGGACGAAUUUUCCCAGACUCUACGUACCAGAGUGCUGAGUACCGCAAACUGCGACUUCUUCUUCAAAUACAUUAUAGAUUUCUGGAUCGAUGGGAAUCCGCCCUUGAUCAGUGCAUUGAAGAGCCUGUUCGACAAGUUUUUGGGGCUGUUGAAGAUUGUGCAAGGGUCCAAAGAUAUUUGCUUCAUGCUGAACAAAUGGUCCGAUGAAAUUUUGAAGGUCCCAUCCACACUGAAAGUUCAGUAUUACUUGAUCGAAGUGCUGUCCCUUGAAGUAAACAUGCAUCACAUCUUGGAAAGACAGCCGAACUUCAUUGCUAAAUCCUUUCAACUAUUCAAGACGGACUCUCUCGCCAACCCGAUAGGGAAAUGCCUAGUCAAUCUGCUAAUAAACGUGUACAAGAUUCAUUUUGGUGAAGAUAGGGCAAAGAUACCGCAUUGGGUACAAAUAUGGAUCGAGCCACUCAGGAAAUCCGUAAACAUGGCAAAUCCGGCAACAGCAAACUUGAUCAAGCUUUAUUUUCUUGCCCCACUGUUAAAACACACACCGAGCGAAGUGUUCAUCCAGCUUUUUCAAAAUGUCAACCUUAGCAAGGAUGAUCCAUCGUUAUUGUUGCUAGUUUUGAGGAUUGGAGAAGAGCUAUCGAUUGAGGAGGAACCGUUCCACAACGAUAGAUUGAUCCCCAUGGAUACAGUCGCUGAACUAUUGGAUGUCGAUGAAUUCAAACUUGCAGCUUUUGAACUUUUGACAUAUUCCAGCAAAAAAUCGAAACCUAUUCAACCAACGGUGUUCGACGUUAUAAUUGAACACCUCACAAUUUUCUUCAUCGACAGCAAUAUAGAAUCUGCAAACUCGUUUUCAAGCACGUUUAAAAAAUUCGUGUUGAGGAUCAGGGAUUCUGCGUACGGGUUGAACAGAACAAUGAUUAAACUUAACAAGGCAAACAAGUUCCCAGAGGAACAGGAACAGAUAAAACUACAACUCCAAAAUUAUCAAAAUUUUUUGAAAAGGUUGCUAAGACUGCUAAAGAGGAACAUUAUCCCAGGGGUUCAAUACCAAGAGUCUCUGCUUUCACUCGAUAUCGUUCAAUAUCUAAUCAGCAUCGGUUUGGAUUCUAAUAUCCCAGCAGAAUUCGUUGAUAAACAGAACCCGAUUGUCUGGCCCUUCCGUAUGGAUAUAAUCACGGACGUUACGCUAUUACAACUAUUGCUGGAUAACUUGGUUAACAGGUUUAGCGAUAUUCGCCAAGUUUCGAAGACAUUGCUCUUUGCCGCCAAUAAAUGUGAAACAUCAAAGAAAGUAUUAGAUGAACUCGUUGAUGUGACAUCUCUCAUGGCAAGAACAAAACAAAAUUUGCCUAAAUAUCAAGACAGCGAAACCAACGCAUCCUUGAAUUCGUUCUUGUUCGGUAUCUCUUUAGACAAAAUUAAAUGCAUCGAGGACAGGGUGCACGAACUCAGAAUUGAAAAUCAAAGAGUAAAGAAAGACCCAAUUGCACGUUCGAAGAAUGUGAUUAGCGGUCAUUGUACCGUUCUAGCUCUGUAUUUAGAUGCACUUGAUUCAGAAGACAUACCGAAAGUGGUACUUGAUCCAAUUUUGGAGCAAGUUUCUGCGGCGUGGGAAAUUGUAAAGGGGAUAAUGUGCUACGACGCCUCCGAUUCUUUACUUCCAGCCGAAUACCUUGGUUCAGGAAUUUCAGACCAAACUGUACUGACAUACUCGUUCAAAACUGUGAAGGAAUCAUGUGCUUUAUUGGAUGUUUUGUUAACUCGGUACCCGCUAAGCGACUCACAAUUAGAACCCCUAGGAGAGCAUCUCAUAUCUCAAUUGCUCAAUAUUCGCCACAGUGGUGCGUUUCAAGCGGUUCUACCAACGUUUAAAAUAUUUUGUUACAAGUGCAGGGAAAGAAUCCCUAAGCGGUUAACCAACUGGCUCGAUGAAAUUUUGAAAACACUGGAAACUAAGACUCAACAUAUAACGAGACGGUCAGGCGGGCUGCCCUUCUUGGUAACAAGUAUAAUAGUGACUGAAACAGACAAAAAAAGGCCUGAACUUAAAACAGUCUUUGACAAACUUCUAUCUAUCAUUAGCAAUGCUUCCGAGAUAAACCAUCAGGAUAAACUAGAUUUACCAGCGGUCAAUGCGUUUAACUGCAUCAAGGCCAUUUUCAUUGAAUCUAAGCUGUCACAUGCGUGCACGGCGUAUUUUCCCAUUGGAUUGGAGUGGUCUCUGAAAUACUUUUCAUCUGAUAUAUGGGCCUUACGGAACUGUUCAUUGAUGCUGUUUACCUCUCUACAGAAUCGUAUAUUUGGUAAAACUGGCAACAAUAUUGGUGCUCGUCUUUUCUUUACCAGAUAUAAUGGUAUUAAGGGAACCUUACUAUCAAUUUUAGACCAGUCCACAAAAACACAAACGGAUGUAGAAUCUACUUUCCUCGUUUUGAAUCUGUUGCUCCGUUUGAACCAGACACCGGGUUACGACGGUUUAGACGUAUUCAUACCCCCAGUGACGCACUGCUUAAAGGAUGUAAAUUGGAAGAUACGAGAACUUGCCGCCAAAGUCCUAGCUUCUUUCGUGGACCAAUCGCACGGAAUUUGUAUUAACAUCAUAACAAACGUUUCGUUGACAGACCAAAACAAGUUGCACGGGCAUUUGCAGGUUAUAGCCCAUUUACUUGGCAAACAGAUGUACAGUUCUGAGCUUAUCCCUUUUAUCCUAAGCAGUGCACAUCAAUUCGUUACGUUAAAUCCAUGCUAUGUUACAGUAAAAGCGUACCUCAAAAAUGUCGAUACAAUAUUCAAGGAGUACCGCGCGGAUGUAACUGAUUCCCAGUAUACCGAGAUUGUGGCCAUUUUUGGUAACUAUUUCUUAAAGAAAUCUGAGAAGUAUUGCAUUGACGGAAGCAAGCAAUUGUGUCUUGCUCAGGUAGCAUCUUUUCUUUUAAGAAAUGAAAAGAGUCAGAAUAAAAUGCCACUGUGCGAAAUAGCUCUUGAGUGUCCAUUCUACGAGGUGCAAAAUGCCGCGAUCAACUACGUCAUUGAAGUAUGGGAUACGGAAAGUUUAAAGGGUACCGAACUAAUUGGUAUUUGUGCCAGCUUGCAGUCACUUCUUCAUAGCCCAGAAGUGCUUAUUUCAUUGAAGGGUAAUGUAAUGAAGGCGUUGCAAAAAUGUGGACAAAAUUUUGGUAUGAGAGAUUUAAUGCAAACCCUAAAGACGCCACGUGCUGAAUCUUAUAUACUGUAUGCCAUAACGUUGCUGGGCGAAUGUGUUAAGACAUACCAAGAUGCUCGGUUAAUGCUGGAGUUUCUCCAACCGUAUUUGUGUGAUGAGGCCAGUGAGUCGUACAGGUCGGCCACAUUGACCAGUUUGAUAAACUGCAGCAAGAAUAUCAAAGUGCCUCAAGUGCUUUUGGAAAUCCACAAUUUUCUAAGUGACGAUGAUAUCGAUCUGAGAGAAACUGCAGCCGCUUACUUAAACAGAGAUGUGAUGAUGUUGUCAAAUUGGCAUAUUGCACAAAACUUUAUGGUAACUUCUGAGAGGUUUUGCAGACAGUAUGUUGGCCUGUUCCGCGAGGAAGAGGUGCGUGCGUAUAUUACUGAAAGAAUUAUAAAAUUCUUUGAAAAGAACGAUAUAUUUGCCAGUAAAAAGAACUUUGAAGGUUUAUUUGACGUCGAGAAAGAUAACCAAUAUAGAAACGACAUUCAACAAAAUUUCCAAUAUCUUGAUAUGUUGAAAGAGAUUGAUCUCGGUUCUGAUUCAUCUUUGAGAACCUAUGCCACGUCAUAUUGUACCAAGGUGAUUCGUCAUAUAUCUGGUUUGCAAUUGCAAGAUAAUUUAUCGGGUUGGACCGCGGAUAUCGAUGUUUUCUCAAGGAUAGUUGUCUUGCGAACUUUGUUGGAUCAGGAAAACGAAUUAUCUGAGCUACAGGUACUCGACACCGUUCUAAAGGAGUAUAAUGCACACCCACUAAUAUUUGAAUAUUAG